AUGUCGAACCCCUCUCAAUCCGCCUCGAUCUCGUCGACGGGCCAGCUGGGCGGCGGGUCGGACGGCCUGCCCUCGAAGCGCUCGGCCAACGGCAACCCGAACCAGAGCGCCUUUGGCGGCAACGCCGCCUCGGCCACUGGUCCGCAGACGUCGACGGGGCCCCAGCAGGAGGUGGCGGGCACGCUGCCCAACAACUACAGCCUGGGCAGCACCAAGGCCGACUACAAGGUGCCCACCAACACCGUCCCCAACGAUACGCCCGCUGGCGCAGACGGACAGACUACCACGGGCGGCCGUGGCGGCGAUACCCUGCGCGAUGGACUGCAGAACCACGAGGUCGAGAUGCCCGCUACCAAGCCCCACCUCCAGCCCCAGUCCAACGAGACGUCCAAGCCCCCCUCGGCCGACCCCAGCCUGCUCAACGACGACAACUGA